UAGACAUAUUAUAUAUCAUAACCCGGGCUUGACUCGGGUUAAUAGUGAACCUUUUAUUAUGUGCCAGCCACACGCCUAUUUUACAGUUGAGUGAUUUUUUGUAUGUCCAGGUAGUAUAUAAGGCCAGGUGACCUGAGUAGUAUCCUCUUUUAUUUCAAGGCCGCACGCAUUUAAGUACGUAUCAAGCAGACCCUGUUUGAUCGAUACACGUGUCUAUACUAUAGAUUUUCAAAUGGCAAGGUCUCGUAGACCAUCUUCUUCAGAAUCUGAAGAUGAAAGAAACUAUGAGGAGAUUAUGAAGCUUUUUGCUUCCGAGGAUGAGUUUGACGCAAGUUUCUCCGGGUUUUCUGAAAAUAUAAGUGUGAAUCUCGCUUCAAAUACACCGGAGUGCAUUCAGGUUUUAGAUAAACCGGAUAUAGAUUCUAUUUCACAAACUGUGAGUACAAACGUAAAAACUAAUAAGAAAACAGUGGUUGUGCCUACAGAAAAAGGACCUGGAAAAGGUCCAGGCAAAAAUAAGAAAGGCAAAGCACCUUUGAAAAGAAGUAUUCAAAUUACGCAGGACGAACCGUCCGCUAGCUGUAGUAAGCCAAAGGCUCCCAGAAAAACUUCUAAAAGUAAACAAGCUCAAGCCGAGCAAAAUGAGUUACUGAAACAAUUAUUUGCUGACUUAUCUAGUAAUAUUGUGUCUGCAAUAAAUGUCAAUAGUAGUGGUACUGCAGGUCCAAGUAGUGACUCCCAUAGUUUUAUACAGGAACUUGAAGAUAAUGACAUUAAUGAGGUCGAAAAUGACCAAAAUGUUUUCAAUUUGUUUGAAACUGAUGAUUUGUCUGAACAUGAGAGUAAUGUUGAUCCCACACAACUUGUCGUUGAAAGUGAAGACGAGGAGUUUGAUUAUGAAAUGCCAAAAAUUUUUGAGGACGAUGAACGGUUUGAUUCUGAGGUCAGCCCUUCGAUAGCAUCAGUCAUAGAAAAAAUUUGUAAGAAAAAGUCGGAUGUUACAUCUUUGACUAAGGAUAGCAAGAUACCUAGCAAUUGUAAAGCUUUAGUACCACCACCUGUCAACCCAGAAAUUUGGCAAUUUUUAGCCCGUAGAGCUAAGACUGAGGAUUUGAUUUCUCAGAAUAUUCAAAAGCUAACAGGGGCAGGCAUGGUCCCUUUGAUUAAGGUGGCGGAAUUAUUACGAGGGAAAAAUCCUUGUAUUAAGACAAUGAGAGAGUUAAUUUCAAGAGCUAUUUCUAUACAGUGUAAUUUGCAUUUUGAGCUAUCUAUUAAAAGGAGAAUGAAUUUGAAGCCUCAUAUUGAACGUAAAUUCCAUCAAUUGUGUAACAGAAAUGAGGUCGUGGGUGAAAAACUCUUUGGAGAUGAUAUUAGUAAAAGACUUCGGGAGAUUAAUGAUGCACAAAAGAUAAACAAAACUUUCAGUUCAAAAAACUACAGAGGCCGAUCCUAUCGGCGAGGGUACCGGUUUGGUAUGUCAAACCCAAGAGGCAAUUUCAGAGGGCAGAGCCGCUACCCAAGAGGGUCAUACAGGCAACCCAUGAUGAAUUCUCAAUACAGAAGAAAAAAUUGAAGUCAGUUGCCAAGAGUCCUACAGAAAAUAGAAGAGGACAAGCUAGUGGUUUACAGGAACUGUAUGGUGGACCAGGAGGAUCAGCUAUGGUUUUUCUACGUACAUGUUAUGAUGUAUCUAGCAUUUCUGCGAGAUGAAUGGUUUUUGGACAUUCCAUUUGGUUUUUUGCAACAGGAGUUUGCUGACAUUUGGAGUUGAAUCGAACAGUUUUAGUCAAUAGCAUUAAAUUUCGAGAACGUUUGAGAAGAAGCAUAGAGAAAAUGUGAUAAUUUAAGAAUAAUGAGAAAACAACAGUGUUAUUUUGUUAUAUUUGUUACAUGUGAGAGGCAUUUUAAAGUGAACUUUAUAGAGUAUUAAUUGUUUUCUGAAGAUUGUAACAGAUUUUUGUUUUUGAACAUAAUAAAAGUUAUUAUGAA